GCAUUAGCUACAGUCACUCUUCUGUAUAUUAAUAAUUUGACUGUUAAUUCUGUUUGACAAAUGGAUGGCAUCCCUGAGUUUACACUUUACAGAAAAAAAAUAAAGACGACAUUAACAAUAAUAUAAAGGAAUUUCAUCCAUUUAUAGGUUUAUUUAAGAAAACUGCUAGUUUAUGCCUUAAAGAGAGAAGUUGUAUCUGCUAUUUGCUCUGCUCUGAUGUAUUGAUCUGUAAGGUAACUGUGGGAGGAAUUCGUCAAAAAACCCAAUCUUGGCAGGUUUAUUCAAAUUUAUCCCCGAACUACAAAUAGGCCGAAGAAUGGAAACUGGGGAGCAGUUUUCUCUGUGCUGGAACAAUUUUCAUGCCAACCUGAGUACUGGUUUUCACAGCCUUUUAAAAGAUGAAGACUUAGUAGAUGUUACAUUGGCUGCGGAAGGUAAAUUUGUAAAGGCGCACAAAACGGUGCUCUCAGUCUGCAGCCCCUUUUUCAAGGAAUUGUUCAGAGUGAAUCCCUGUAAACACCCUAUAGUUAUAUUGCCGGAUGUAAACUUUGGGGCUCUUAGGAGCUUGUUACAUUUUAUGUAUCAAGGAGAAGUCAGUGUUAGUCAGGAGGAAAUUCCUACUUUCAUGAAGGUUGCUGAAAUUUUAAAAGUGAAAGGUCUGACGGAUAAUUCAGAUGCACCAAAUGGCUUCCCGGCAAGAAAUUCCCUUGGACUGCUUGACUCGCAUAGGCAAGACAUUUUAAAGAGGCCACGACCUAUCAAGAAAUUGAUUCGCCCUAUGCAACCUCUAAGGCCUCUGGAAACGCCAAAUGUUUCCAGAUCUUCACAUUCUCCCCAGUCAUCCAUUCUACAACCCAUCUAUCCAAAGAGGCAGCACUUAGACUCUUCAGGUACUCCACCUCCCUCCUUACUCCAGCCCUCAUCAAGUAAUCAGGGACAUCUAGUGAUUCCACCGCUUGUAUCCAGUUCACCAACGCAAAGCGAAGCAUUGCCAUUAAUUAAGCCGAAAGAGGAACCGUUAGAGCACAGUGAAGAAGAAACUGCAUCUCAGAGUGGCAUGGUAAGAACCUGCGCCAGACGAAGUAGAGGCAGUAGUGUGGAUUUACACAGUGAUGGUUGUGAUGAAGGUCAAAUGGACCUCGCAAAUAUGUUGGAUACUCAGCUCAGUGGGGGUGAACCUUCCCCAUCCCAUCAGAUACCCCCUUGGCCAGCGCCUGGAGAAAUGACCCCGAUCCUUGGAAAUGAUGAAUCACAACCCGGUACCUUGCAACUGAUCCUUGGUCGUCGCGGUAAUCCAAGGCUCAUUGUCGAUGGUUACGUUUUCUACAAAAAGUCCGUCUCCAGAGGAAAAGCGUUUUGGCAUUGUAAAAACGCGAGAACGAUCGAAAAGUGCCCUUCAGUUGCUUGGACAAUGAACGGUAAUAUUGUUAAGUGGCCUUGUGCACAUAAUCACGUUAUCUACCCGGAUCCCUUCAAUCCGGAGGAGGAUUCUGAAGUUCCGAUUGAGAAUCUGCAAGAGGUUUUAUGGCAGACUUCGUUAAGCUAAAAGGGACUAUAUUAGUUAAUUAUUAUAGUGGUGCUAUACAAUGAGCAGUAGUUUCCAGGUAGAUUAGUCAACCUAAUUUGUUUUUGAAAGCAAGUCGAUGUCCAGUUUUUGCCUCAUCAGUUUUCCAUAAAUGUUGAUACAAAAAUGUAUUUAAAUCUAGAUACCCAAAGUAUGAUACAGAUUGGAAACAAAAAACACCUAUAUUUAUUUAUUUAUGUAUGUACCUACUAUUGAUAUAAAACAUAAUUUAACUAAAUGUAUACGAACAAGGAAUCCCCAUACCAAAUUUACUAUAUUCCGCAUCCAAUGAUCUGUGAUUUUCAUUUCAACAACCAGCUGCUUUCGAAGUAUGGCUGUUUUAAAUAUUAUUAUUAUUUAUUUUUAGUCAAUAUAUUCAAUUUAUAGCUGCUUCUAAACAGGGAGCCUCAAACUUAAGAAGCGGAAUGUUCAUUUACGUGUGCAAUACAAUGAUAUUUUUUUCUAUAAAAGGGUUUAUAUUAGAGGUUUGGACUUAUUUUGAUAUGCGGAUUAAAAUUGCUAUUUUUCCUAGAGAAGUAAAAUUUUGAGGUGAAAUAAUAGUGUUCAACUUCAAAUUUUAUGGUAUAACUGAGCGCUCAUAAACUAGUUAGUAAAUGUGGGCAAAAAAUCGGUUAUCUAAAAGAAAUAAAUCUGAAAUAAUACAGAGUGUAUGAUCAAAACAGUCUGUAUUUCAAAGAACAUGUCGCCACGUUUUCGUUCAUUGCGUAAUGGACAACACGCUGAUUAUGCCACUUAAGUUUGGGUCAGCCAGUAUAUAAAACGCGUUUAACUCUUUCUGUAAAAUAAAACAGUGGUUUAAUUGAUAACUCGAAAAUAUCGCUACAUACUUAAUAAGAAAUAGAUGCAAUGCUGAAAUGGCGACCUCGAGUUUUCCAAUGAAGAAAGCUAGUCAUCCUAUUAAAGAAUAUAUGUGCAACCCUUUUUAGUCACCCUGUACAUGUCGCUCUAUUCUUAAAACCAACCCCCUUCCUGUGGAAAAUUGGAAUCCUAACUAGACACGCUACGCUGUAUACAGUAAAAUUUUGGCAAUUCUAUACUUUGGAACAUUAUUUAUAGAUACUUGCUGUGUAUUGAUGAAAUAAAUAUGUGUGCAAAUAAAUAUGUAUGUAGACUAGACCUAAUAAGUAUAUCUUAGGUGUGAUUGUUGUCAUACGCCAGCAAACUGAUUUGAAACCAAUUUAACUUUGUUAACGAUCCAUCUUGAAUUUACUGUUUUAGUUCCCUCCUAUGCUCAGUGUACUCUGCUUUCUCAAACUAUUAGUUCCUCAUUUCAACUUUCUAGUCAACUCGUAGAAAAUGAUUCAAAUAUGUGUAAUGUGCCCAAAUAUACGAUUUACAAUAAAACCACCUGUUAAUGUA